UAAACACCACUUUCUUCAAACCCCUGGUUCAAAUCUUGCCUUUUUCUUACUUGAGUCUCAUGUAGACUUUUGCCACAGUCCUAUAUCCCACAGAAGCUUCUUUCUUCUGUCCCAAGGUGCCCACAACAAAUUCAAAAUCCAACUUAUAGAGAAAAGGAAACCAGCCUCUCUGGAGUCUCUGGUUCUCUGGUGUCCUUCUUCCUUCAGUUAUUUUUCCAAUAAAUUUUUUGUCUUGAUUCUUUCUUCCCCUCUACCGAACACCAAAACCCUAGAUUUUCUCCAUCUAAUCGUCACUCCCUCUCACCCCCAGCUUUCUAUCUCAUCCCCUUCUCUCCUUCUGUUUUCAUACCCCAUUACCUCUGACCUGAUUUUUUCAUUUGCUUUUCUGGUUUUCUGUUACUUGAAUCUCUAUGGGGCUUCUUCUGCAAUCGGCACCUUUUGCUUUCCGACUAUGAGUGGCAACAAUGUCGGAUGACAUGCUUGUGCAUUUCUCUUCCAACUCCUCUAACCAAUCGGAUCAAUCCUUGCCUACCAAGAUUGCAAAGCUUGAAGCUCGAAUGGUAGGCAAGGCUUCGUCCGCAGUUGCCACCACUCUGUCGCCUGCCCAGCAGUCAACCUGGUCUACUGUUCCUUCAGCUGCGAAAUUUGGGGGACCUGCCGAGGAUUUGGUUGGACCCUCCACUUCGAGUGAUUCCGAUGAUGAUAAUGGCGGGGAAUUCCUCAUACAAGCCAACACACAGAAGCGCCAAAAACUCCAAGAAGAUGACCACUCAAAGAUUUUUGAACAUGUCGAGGUAGUUACUGAUGGAAGGCAAACUAGCUUGGAUGUUGUGGAGGCAAAAGCUAGUGCAGAUACGAAUAGGAAAAAAAAUGGUCGUGGAAGAGGGAGCUCUGGUUCUGGUAGGGGACGUGGUUCCCGAGUUACUGAUCAGAACAGAACACAUAUAUCUCCUCCAGCAGUUUUGGCCUCCAAUGGUCAGCUGGACAAUGCAUGCCGAGAGGGAAGACUGAAAGAUCAGAUUCGCAACGACAAUUGCACUUCAUUAGAGGAGGAGAAUGCAUCUUUACGUGCAAAAGUUGUUGCAUUGGAGGAGGAUCUGAGGAAAUCAAAACAAGAGAUGUCUGAUUACCAGAAUCUUUGUCGCCAGUUAGAAAAGGAACUAAAGGAUCUGAAAGAUCACGAACAGCAAAUGAAGCCUAAGAGGACAAAAAUAAUAUCUGAUUUGCUGAUAUCAGUCUCAAAGUCCGAGAGGCAAGAAGCAAGGUUGAAAGUACGACAAGACUCAUUGAGGCUGGGAAAUGUUGGUGUAAUCAGAGCCGGAACUGUCAUAUCGGAGACUUGGGAAGAUGGGCAAGCAUUGAAGGAUCUUAAUGCCCAGCUUAAACAACUGAUAGAAACGAAAGAGGCUAUUGAGCGGCAGCGCAAGUCAUUGAAGAAAAAACAAUCUGAUAAAGGCGAGGGAACAGAUGCAGAUACUGGAUUACAAGAAGACGAUGUCGUCAUUCAGGAUGAAAUCUAUAAGUCUCGACUAGCUAGCAUUAAACGUGAAGAAGAAGUUAUUAUGCGGGAGAGGGAUCGCUAUGAACUAGAAAAGGGAAGACUAAUACGUGAGAUGAAACGCAUACGAGAUGAGGAUGGCUCACGAUUCAACAACUUUCAGAUUCUGAACCAUCGAUAUGCCCUGUUAAAUCUUCUUGGAAAGGGUGGAUUCAGCGAGGUUUACAAGGCUUUUGACUUGGUGGAGCAUAGAUAUGUUGCAUGUAAGCUUCAUGGUUUAAAUGCUCAAUGGAGUGAAGAGAAGAAGCAGAGUUAUAUUCGGCAUGCAAUUCGGGAGUAUAAUAUCCACAAGACCUUGGUACAUCAUCAUAUUGUUCGUUUGUGGGACAUCUUUGAAAUAGAUCACAAUACAUUCUGCACCGUUUUAGAGUACUGUAGUGGGAAGGAUCUUGAUGCUGUCCUUAAGGCAACACCUAUAUUGCCUGAGAGAGAGGCGAGGGUAAUUCUAGUUCAGGUUUUUCAAGGCCUUGUUUACUUGAAUAAAAGAACGCAGAAGAUUAUUCAUUAUGAUUUGAAGCCUGGAAAUGUUUUGUUUGAUGAGCUUGGCACUGCCAAAGUGACUGAUUUUGGUCUCAGCAAAAUAGUUGAGGAUGAUGUGGGAUCCCAGGGUAUGGAACUAACAUCUCAGGGGGCUGGAACUUACUGGUAUUUGCCCCCAGAAUGCUUUGAGCUCAGCAAGACACCUCUUAUAUCAUCGAAGGUUGAUGUCUGGUCUGCGGGUGUUUUGUUCUAUCAAAUGCUCUUUGGAAGGCGUCCAUUUGGCCAUGACCAAAGUCAAGAGCGUAUACUACGCGAAGAUACAAUUAUUAAGGCUCGCAAGGUUGAAUUCCCUUCUAGACCUACGGUUUCUAAUGAGGCGAAGGAUUUUAUACGGCGAUGUUUGACAUAUAACCAGGCCGAGAGACCAGAUGUAUUGACCAUUGCUCAAGAUCCAUAUCUUACCUACUCAAAGAAGUAAAAUGAUGUUAAUAGGCACAGUUAAUUUCCCCAGAGUCCACACAAAAAGGAUCGGAGGAACUAUCAAGUCAUCUUCUAACUGAAGUUACUUGUUUACAUGUCAGAUUUUGUAUAGGUUGUAAAGGUUUUUGGAAUAUCAACAAUUAUGGCACAGAGGAUGUUUCACCAUAUCGAAGGAAGUUGUGUUUUUCAAACGUUUGGCAUUGUCAUCAGGAUUUUCUUGGGGGGAAGAUCUCCUGCAAUCACAAAUUAGCUGUGUAAAAUGCAAUCAGAGAGAGAGAGAGAGAGAGUAGAUGAGUGUUGAAAGGGAAAGUUAGCCCUCUAUAUAUAGUUUUGCUUUUUGUGUUAUUCUCUGAAUAUUUGAUUGCAGAUUUGCAGCAGAUCUAAUUGGAUAUUUUUCAGGCGAGGGAGUGAGUUGACUUGAUCUCCAAGGUCAGGUUGUUUUUUGUAUAGGUCUUGGCAAGUGAGAAUAUUGGUAUUUUAUUUAGUUUUCUGUCUCUAACAAUUUUAGUUUAUUAAUCUCUUGUAACUUUC